AUGCCCAUCCAAGUGGAGAGCUUCUACACGGAGGCGUACUUCGACACUCUCCUUGUCAACGGGGUGUUUUAUUCUGGAGCUGUUGGUCCCAAUGCAAUCAUCCCAUCAACCGACAUUAUUUGGUUUUCUGAUACUGAUUGGAGCCGGGUUGGCUGGAGGCUCUGCGCCGACUUUCCGCCAGCAAGCGCAUUACCCACGCCUGUCCCAUCAUCAGCGGACGCGCCACCCGCACCUGUGCCAGCGACGCCCGCGCCAAUGCACAUGUGGGCAGCUGUCAGUGGCGAGUGCAGUCUGAAUGGCACUUGCGUGGAAAGCCCAAAUUUUCCGCAGAAUUACGGUGUGGAUCAGACGUGCAUCUUGGAGAUCAACUUUGAAUUAGCGGGGCCGAUCCACGUUGAGAGCUUCAACACAGAGACCUAUUUCGACUACCUGCUCGUCAACGACGUAAAGUAUUUCGGAACAAAUGGCCCCCAUGGCAUCACGCCCUCAUCGAGCGUAUUUUGGUGCUCCGACACCCACGUUGCCCAGAGUGGCUGGAGGCUGUGCGCCGACGCGCUGACCUUCUCGCCGAGCGAGACGCCCAACUUCUGGAGCCGCGUCAGUGGCCCCUGCACCGCCUAUUCCGGCUGCGUGCGCUCCCCGAACUACCCGCUGAUCUACGGGGAAGAUCACCUGUGCACGAUUGAGCUCGCAGCACCCUCGGUGACGAUUUCGGUGACGUCCUUCCACUCAGAGAACUACGCCGACUGGAUCCUGAUAGACGGGGUCGAGUACUCUGGGUUUGACGGCAUAUCCGGCACGAUGGACGUGUCGUCAACUAUCGUGUGGUCCGCAGAUCACAGUAUUCAGAAGACUGGUUGGGAGAUCUGCAGAGCUGCUGGUUGCCAAUCGGGGCCAAUCUUUUAUUGCGAGUUUUCUGUGGUGAUCUGCGAUGGAGUCACCGAGAUCCCUGGGUCCAGCUUCCAGUCUUGCGAAAACCUCAGUCAGGUCCACAUCCCACAUUCCGUGACGUCGAUUGGCAAUUCUGCAUUUGCUAAUUGCAUAUCGCUGAAGCAUGUGGACAUAUCGAACUCCUCUGUUGUCGCAAUCGGCCAUUCUGCCUUCCGCUCUUGCACCUCACUCGUAGAUUUGGACAUGCCUGAUUCGGUGACGUACGUCGGUCCCUUCGCUUUCUAUCAGUGCAGCUCGCUGCGGAGUGUCAACAUCUCACUUUCUGCGACUUCCAUCGGCGAGUCGUCUUUCAGCGGUUGUACCUCACUUUCUGAGGUAAACGUUCCCGGGUCGGUGACGUAUGUAGGUCCUUGGGCUUUUUAUUCCUGCAGCGCGCUCCGAAGAGUUCAUUCUUGGUUGCCAUAUCAAUGUCAUCGAUGA